GCCAAUAUGGCGGACAGAGUGGAGGUUUACGUAUUAUAAAGAAACACUAAAAAUGUGUUCUAUUUGAAACAAGAAAGGUGUUGAAUGCUGAAUUGGUGUUCCAGGAGGGGUAUUUUAUGUAAGGUUGUUGGUGUAUUUCCAAUUAUGAGUGGUUCACAAAAGAGGGUUCAAAGUACCAAUGACAGUUCCAUUCUCAGCAAAUAUUCUAUGGUCAAAGCAGGUUACUUCAAAGAUGAUUUUCUGAAGCAUUUUGUGACCAAAGAUGCCAGAAGAUCUCCCUUGAUCAACAGAGGCUAUUACAUUCGUAUGAAGGCUGUUGACAACAUGCUUCGCAUAUUCCUUACCUCAAAGGAAUUUGACAAAAAACAGGUGAUUUCUUUAGGGGCAGGAUUUGACACAUCAUUUUUCAGAUUCAAUGCUGAAGGCCUUUUACAAAAUUCUUGCAAAUUUUAUGAGAUUGAUUAUCCAGAUGUUGUCAAGAUAAAGAAAUCCUUCAUCAAAAAUGAACCAUCACUGUGCAGUGCAGUAGGAGCUGAAAACCAUAGCUGUCCUGGUGUUGAAGGUUUACAUACAGAUAGAUACACACUUGUUGGAUGUAAUUUAAAGGACCUUGCAAGUCUAGAAAAAAUCUUGUUGAAUUGCAACAUCGAUAAAUCUUGCCCUACUCUUCUCUUGUCAGAGGUUGUACUCUGUUAUCUAGAUGCUAAAAGCUCUUCUUGUGUUAUCAACUGGGCAGCUACAUUUUUUUCUUCUGCUGUUUUUGUCACUUAUGAGCAGGUUUUCCCAGAUGAUCCAUUUGGUGUUGUCAUGAUAAAGCACUUUCAUCAAGUUGGUUCUCCGUUACGUAGCAUCACAGAAUUCCCAACUCCUGAAGUUCAAAUACAUCGAUACCAGAAACAGAGAUGGGAUUUGGUGAAAUAUCAAAACAUGGUGUCCUUCUACAAGUCUUUGCCUACUGAUGAACAUCAACGUAUACAACAAAUAGAACCAUUUGAUGAGUUUGAGGAAUGGGACUUAAAGUGCUUCCAUUAUAUUAUCUUGGCUGGUUUCAAAGGAGAUUGUAAGAUGCUUUCACAAAAAAUGUAUCCAGAAAAUAAUGAACAUAAUGAGUGUAGUAGUACUAUGGUCAAAGACCCAGCGAUGAUAAUUCCAACUCCGUUAAAAUUAGCAUCUAAGAACAAGUUUCAAAGAUACGGACACAGUGCGACGUUGUUACCUGGUGGAGACGUGAUUAUCAUCGGUGGAUUUGGUGAACUUAACAAUAAACACAUGAGGCUAAAAGGCAUUAAUAUCUUACGUAAAGAGACAGACGUUUGGAAGUGUAAAGACGCAAUACUCACAGAUGAUAUCGUGAUUGGGUCCAGAAUGUUUCAUUCUUCUACGUUAAUCAAUGACAACUCCAUCCUUCUGUACGGUGGCAGGACUUCACCCAACAAACCUUGCACCUCGACUUGUAUAUUAAAAAUAGAGCAACGCGGUAAAACACUAUCCAGUACAAAAAACAAUUUACCGUCUGAUGAGCAUCUUGAUCAACAACUUACUUCUGGUCAAACAUUCGAUACUCCAAACUCAACCAGUCCAUUGAAUAAUAUAGUUGAGCGAAACUCAGAUAAGACCAAAGUUUAUAACAACGAAGAUGGAACAGUUUGUACCUUGACUUUGCUGGAUCCACAGGGAUCAGGGCCGAUUCCAAGAUGGAGGCACACGGCUACUAGAUUACUCAUGGAUCAUGAGGAAAAAGAGAAGGUCCUAAUCUUUGGAGGACGUACACCAACACGACUGGCCAUCAAUGACUGUUAUAUAUUAAACAUUACAGACAACAAGUGGGAGGAGGCUAAGCUACAAGGUGAGCCCGCAGUCCCACGUCACUCACACACUGCUUGUCUAUGGAGGAACCAUCACGUGAUACUGGCCGGGGGACUGGACAAAUACUCUACUGCUCUAAAUUUACUCCAAAACAUUAAUACUGCGGAUUUUACACUGAACACCUUGACGAUAACUCCUCCUCUAAGACCAAGGUAUUCUCACACAUCUCAUGUGAUCAAUGACAAUCUUGUCUUGAUCGGUGGAAUCGAUCCCUACACCACAGGAAGCCCAUCUUUUACAGUCGUUAACUUGAAGUCCCUCACAAGCAGCUCUUUACCAUUACCGGUGUGUCCCGGCCAGUCUCCAUUGAUGCUUCACAAUCACACCAGUAUUCUGAUCGACCCGCAGACGAUCAUGGUUUUUGGUGGUGGCGGGAACUGUUUUUCGUUUGGAACUCAUUUGAAUGACGAGCCAUUUAUAAUAGAAACCUCGUCAUUGGGCUUGAUGGAGGAAUGAAAAAUCUUUGAAAUUAAAUCACAAUUUAAAAAAACGUGUCCCAACUAGUAGUAUAUGGAUACGACUCAAACAAAGAAUCUUAUUCUCAAGAGAAUGAUGCAUUGCAAAAGGCGAUGCAUCAUGGGACUACUUAACAGACGCUUUAAUAAAGGUUUUGCAUCGUCAUUAUGUCCACGUCCAUAAUACUGCUUGGGCUUCCUGUGGUAGAUGGCAGAACAAAAUUCCUUUGCUCUUGGGAAUUGAAUUCUUUCUCAUUUAAAACGAUUGUAUUGUUCUUGCCAUCUAACAUGGCUGCCGUCACGUGAUGGUGCAAAACCUCUAUACUUAUACGGAUAUGGCGUCUUUUCCCCUUGCUAAUAGACCCUUUGCAUGUAACGUCAAAGCAGCUCAAUCUGGGGGACAAAACAAAAGAAUAGCAAUCUCCUGAGAAUUGGAACCUAUUGUUUUGUCCAUCAGAUUGAGCUGCAUUCCAAAGUGCUACAAGGGGUCUAUAGUGGUUUUUUGGAAACAAAGUCAGCGGAUUGAUGAAGCGUCCCUCAGAACAGCUCCAUUAUGAAACGCAUUAUAAAUACUAAAUACUAAAUUGAUGAUUUAUUUAUUUAUUAUUAAUAGUAAUAAAUGAAUUUCCCACAAA